AUGGCGCUCUCAUCGACCACUCGACGCUUUGAAGCAGAUGCGACGCUCGUGCUAGUCGGCUUCCAUGGAGCUGGGAAGAAGACGCUGGGGAUCAUUGCCUCCGUCGCCCUGCGUCGCCAGUUUGUGGACUUUCAAGCAGUGUUCCGGCAAGAACUCGGCUCGCCUCAGGCAUAUAUCGCAGCGAACGGGCUGGCCAAGUAUCGUGCGGUCGAGUCGGAGCUGUUGGAAGGCCUGCUGAAACGAUGCGACAAAGGCCACGUCAUAGUUGGCCUCGGGGGCAUACCAAGCGACCAGCAACGCGUUCUCCUGCAGGCAUUCGCGCGCCACCACCCCGUGGUCUACGUGCGGAGGGAGGACUCGGACCUGCGACAGUUCGUCACGGCAAGCCAGAACAAGUUCGAGCGCUUCCUGCUGGUCGGAAAUGCCUUCUUUGAGGCGUGCUCGAACUUCGACUUCUUCAACCUCACCCUGAGCGACGUGCAGCAUACACACGGCCGCAUCCUGCCGUCAAGCCUGAAGCUCAAAGAGGCAGAACGUGUUUUUGUGCGUUUUCUAAACCAGAUCUAUGGUCGUCCACAGCGCGCGCUUUUCUCUUCAGAUCCCUUGUCUUCUUCGAGGACUUUCACUCUGCAGCUGCCGCUCUCCUGGUUGGAUUCACGAGAGGACUUUGAAGCGCUGGAUUCUGGUGCGGACGCGGUGACCCUGCUUGUUGACUUUGAUGCGGUCGGUCAAGUCGGACUGCAAGGCCGGCUCGCGCGCAGUAUGGCCUUACUCAGAAUGCACUCACGAAUUCUGAUCAUAGUCGAACCCCAACUCCCGGAUCCGUCCGACCGGCGAAGUGGUGAUGCCCUCGAGAUGCUCCUGCGGCUGGUGCCGGAUGCAAUGGCCUGUCCAAUAGCCUGUGCCAGGGACGUACUCGAGAAACUGAACGCUAGCAAGGGCAACACAACAGCGAUUGCUACGCACCAUCAGCCGACGCCCCUCGGACCGAGCGGGAACCAACAAUCGACAUUGUGCACUCUCCUCAAACAGGCGCAAGCCCUCGGUUUCGGCGCAGUCCGGCUGACAGGGCGAUCGACCUCCUCAGACGAUACUUCAGCCUGUGUUGCCCUCCGGCACAACCUUCUUUCGCACGUUGAAAUCCCCCUCAGUAUGUACAACACGGGGCUUGCCGGACGAGCAUCAGUAUGCUUUAACCCAGUAUUAUCGCCAGUGGUUCUCCCGGACAGCGGUUCCGCGGGUGUUACACUGCCAGAGGCACAGCAGGCUCUUACGGCUUGUUUUAUGCGAACCAGUAAGCGCUUUGUGAUUAUUGGGCAAGCAACGCAGAAUAGUCUAUCGCCUACCUUGCAUAAUGCGGCAUACUUAGCCUGCGGGAUGCCGUAUUCGUACGGCAUGUUCAAGCCAGAUGAUUUCAGUGAAGUGGAGGGGUUACUCGCUGACCCAAGCUGCGGCGGCCUGACCAUCUCACUCCCCCACAAAACGGCGAUCCUGGAAUACCUGGACGAAAUCAGCCCGGAUGCGCGGGACAUCAAUGCUGUGAAUACUGUCGUCCUGGAGCGUCGGCACAAUGCCGACGGUGGCGACACCGAAGUAGUCACCCGCAAGGGUUACAAUACGGACUAUAUUGGGCUUCGGAACUGCAUCCAGAAACACCUUUCGCCCGCCAACGCGAUCCGUGAGGGGACGACGGCGCUGGUCAUCGGGGCCGGGGGGAUGGCGAGGGCGGCCAUCUAUGCGUGUUAUGUGCUCGGAAUCCGCAGAAUCUGCAUCUACAACCGCACGGCGGCGAAUGCGGAGGCGCUUGCUGAGUACUACCACCAGUUGGCUGCGAAGCAGGGGCAGACGCUUCGACUGGAGAUCCUACGGUCUGCAUCGGACGCGUGGCCGGCGGGUUUUCGUCUUCCGACUAUCAUUGUGUCGUGUCUUCCGGUACGAGAGGUCGGUGGCUCCACGCUGGUGAACUUGCGGAUCUCGCGUGACUGGCUGCAGAGCACGACGGGCGGUGUUUUUCUUGAGAUCGCCUACGGCCCACGCAGAACGGCACUGCUCGAGCAGGUGCUGGCGGAAACGUCGACGGGGUGGGUUGUGGUCGAUGGGCUCAGCCUUCUUGUUGAGCAGGGCAUUGCGCAAUACGAGCUGUUUACCAAACGGCCAGCGCCCGUGAUACGAAUUCAGCUUCUCCACAUCGAUCUCGGGAAACCGACCCGGCACAACAGGGAGCAGCUUAUCCUUCUCGUACCAGUGCCGCACGUACCGCGCAGCCCAGCGGGCCGUCCCCGUUUCCGCAUCGAUCUUCUCGAAGAAGAAGCAGAACCGGCAAUCGGCCUCGGCAUCGACCUCGACGCCGUCGAUCACGAAGCGCUGCGUGAUGGUCGCCUUGAGCUUGGUGACGGCGCGCGUGGCGUCGGGCGUGAUGUCGCUCGUGAGCCCGUGGCAGCGGUGCAUGAUGAACGCGCCCUUGUCCAUGCCUGCUUUCGACCCCGCGAUGAAGUCUCUGUAGUGCAGGCGGCCGGACCAGGUCGUGUAGACGAUGGCGUCGGGGUGGAAGAUUGA